AUGGAAGAGCAAGAGAAAAGUUAUUCAAUUGAUUUGAAUGAAACUGCUGAUCCAGGAGAAUCUAUAUCGGAGGAGAACUAUGUUCAAACAAUUACCGAAGUGAGUGUGGUUACUGGAAAGCCUAUGGAAAAUGACGAAAACAUAAUGGGAAGAACCUUCAAGUCUGACGAUGAUGCAUAUGAAUUUUAUAAUGCUUAUGCAAGGACAGUUGGAUUCAGCGUAAGAAAACAAUCUGCUUCGAAAAGAAAAGCAGAUAAAGAAGUUAUGGGAAGGAUAUUUUGUUGUUCGCGUGAAGGAGAACGCGAAAAACAUCCUAGGGGGACACCAACUAAACCUCGAGCGCUGACACGAACUGGUUGUAUGGCAAGAAUGCAAAUUAGGAUUAAUGACGACGAAACAUAUUCUAUUGUGAGUUUUGUGACGGAGCAUAACCAUGAGCUUUUUUCCCAAGAUAAGAUGCAUUUGUUGCGAUCACAAAGAAAAAUACAACCUGCUCAAGCUACUUUAAUAAAUAAUAUGGUUUCUGCAGGAUUUGGAGCAACUAGGAUUUUUUCGUAUAUGAGCGAAGAAGCAGGAGGGCCGCAAAAUCUUAAUUUUACUCAAGAAGAUUGUAAUAAUUUGGUGCAGGCAAAACGUAUUGGUUAUCUAAAAGAAGGUGAUGCGAAAGUUCUUUUAGCUUAUUUCAAAAGAAAGCAAAAAGAAAAUAAGUCAUUUUUCUACACUAUUCAAGUUGGCGAUGACGGCUGUAUUAUGAAUUAUUUCUGGUGCGAUGCUAAAUCUAGACUAGAUUAUAGCAUUUUUGGCAAUGUUGUUUGUUUCGACACCACAUUUAAGACUAAUGGUUAUGACAUGCUAUUUGCACCGAUUGUUGGGGUGAACAAUCAUGGUCAGACUAUACUUUUCGGAUAUGCUUUACUAAAAAACGAGACUACAGAUUCAUUUGUAUGGUUGUUUGAAACAUUCCUAGAUGUAAUGGAAGGAAAAGAAAUGAAAACUAUAUUCACUGAUCAGGCAAGUCAGAUGGCUACAACAAUUAAACAGGUAUUUCCUAAUGCUCAUCAUCGUUUGUGUUUAUGGCAUAUUUUUCAGAAUGCUACUAAGCAUUUGUCGAAUAUAUUUGGUACUCAUAAAUCAUUUGCAAGUGAUUUUAGAAAAUGUAUUUAUGAUUACGAGACUGAGGAUGAGUUUUUGUUGGGAUGGGAGCAAUUACUUGAAACAUACGACUUAAAAGAUAACAAAUGGUUGAAUAACUUGUUCAAGUUACGUGAAAAAUGGUCACAAGUAUACGGAAGAGAACAUUUUUGUGCUGGUAUGACAACCACUCAAAGAAGCGAGAGUAUUAAUAAUUACUUCAAGAAAUACUUUAAGAAGAAACAAACUCUUUCAGAAUUUGUGGUUCAGUCUGAUAAAGCAGUGGAUGCGCGGCGUGAAAAGGCUAGAAAAGCAGACCACAAAUCUGUGUCGACGCAACCAGACCUGACAUCAGUAUGGGAAGUAGAAAAAAAAGCGGCUGAAAUAUAUACUCGAAAGAUUUUCAAUGAAUUCCAUUCGGAACUUCUGAGGCUCAUUGAUCUUUAUUUGAACUCGAUACUGAUGACGGAACAACAAACAUAUAUAAAGUAUCAUCAUAUAUUGUAG